GCACAGCGGCUCAUUGCACUGAAGGGAACGGCCGCAGUCCGUGCAGAUACAGACAUACUUAAGCACUGACAUCAGCCAGGACAGCACUCACACGCUCUACGUUUAAAGGACAUCUCCCCCUCGCCGAAGAGGUGACACUCGAGAAACGUCAUCUGUCAUCCAUCCACGGACUCAGUUUUUAUUAUUAUUAUUUUUUUUAUUAUUAGUAGUAAGAAGACAGAGAGUGACCGGGGUUUUUUUCUUCUCGCCGUCCUCCGGGGACAAUGAGGAGCAGAUCCGAAGUUUGAGCGACUCCAGACUGAUCGCAGUCAUUUACGCUCCGCUCCGAGGCUGUCCGUGUUGAUUAGCUCUGUUAUUUAGCAGACAGAAGAAGACGUGCGGGUAGUUCUGUUCUUGUUGGAUUGUAGCCGCUUUUUCCUCCCCUGAAGGAUGGUGCUAGACAAGGAGGAGAGCGUGUCUGUCGUUCCCCUCCAGUCCAGAGAGAAGCCAAGAGGCUGUGCCGGCUGCAAUGGGAAGAUCCGGGACCGCUUCAUGCUCCAGGCGUUAGACAGGUUCUGGCAUGAAGACUGUCUGAAGUGUGCCUGCUGCGACUGCCGCCUGGGCCGGGUCGGCUCCACCCUGUACACCCGGGCAAAUCUUAUCCUCUGCCGCAGAGACUACCUGAGGCUCUUCGGGGUGACGGGGAACUGUGCAGCCUGCAGUAAGCUGAUCCCUGCCUUUGAGAUGGUGAUGAGAGCCAGAGACAACGUCUACCAUUUAGACUGCUUUGCCUGUCAGCUCUGCCGCCAGAGAUUCUGCGUGGGAGACAAGUUCUUCCUCAAGAACAACAUGAUCCUGUGCCAGCUGGACUACGAAGGAGGCCAUCUUAAUGGAGGCUCUGACAGACAGCCACAAUGAGAGCAGAUCUGGAGAAGGGACCACUGUGAGCCAGCUGGACCAUGAAACUCACAGCAGCACACUGCUCAUCAGCUUCUUGCUUCAAACUGAACUCUGAAGAAUGUAAAAAAAAAAAAAAAAAAAGAAA